CGCGGGGUCACGUGACGUCGUAUUAGAUCGCUGUGACUCUUGCUUAUGUUUUUACCGUUUGUCGCCAAACGUGUUUAGAAAUGCUAACUUUCUCGGUUUUAUCGGUUCAUCGUGUCGGAGGGACGUCGCGCGGCCGCUCGGAGACCAACCGUUUUUUUUUUCACCGACGACCGGGCGAGAAGUUUGACUGCGAAAAAUAAACGGGGCCUGCACGCGUCACGUGACCGGCACGCGGCUUUGAGCGUUUGAUAAAUAAAGAUGGCGGCGUGAGCUCAGCGGAGCGAAGAGGACAACAAACUGAACGGAACCAGAGCGGCGAGAGCGGCCGUUUGAAACUGUCAAAUGGAUCCUGGACAGGAUUUACUUCUCGCUGCCCUGAGUGAGAGUGGCAUUUGUCCAAAUGAUUUUGGCCUGUUUGAUGUAGAUUCUCAGGAUGCUGCACAGCCCUCUACAAUCCAGCAAUCUAUCUCCAUCAGUGCCCUGGAUGUUGGCGCUGGGACAGAGUCGGUGGAAGUUAUUCGCACUGAGCCUCCAGCUCCAGUCCCUAUAGUUACUAUCAGGCACAAACCUCAGCCAUCAACCACCACGUUUGUCUUAAAUCAGCUGAAUCAGUUGCCGUCACUCGGAGCUAAUGUGACCAAACAAUCAGUUGCAAACCCUAUCAAACACACCAUAACAGUCACCAAAGUGGUCCAUGUUGCGAAUUCAGCCCUGCGAAGAUGUUCGAGCCCUUCCACCACAACUAUUCCUCCGUCAGCGUCCACAGUAGUGCCUUCUAACAGAGAUCAGCAGAUUCAGCUGAAAGACCUCCUUCGGUCCGGCAAUGUGAAGAGCACCGGUCUAAAGGGCAACAGCCUGAUGGAGCUCAUGAGGCUGAAGCCUCCACCUAACAUUGCUCCACCAGUAGCAACGGCAACAGCUACAGGUGAAAUGAACAAUGGGAUCAAGAAGGAAGUGUUUGGUAAAGAUACCAGGAUCUGGAUUAAUGACGACAUCAAAAUGCAAACCUUCCCGCAUCCUCUGAAAAUCCCCGGGAUGAAAGAGGAGGAUGAGCCCGAGGAGGAGGAGGAAGACGAACUGGGCCAUGCAGAGACUUAUGCAGAGUACAUGCCAAUGAAAUUGAAGAUCGGCCUACGGCACCCCGACCCCGUGGUGGAGACCAGCUCCCUGUCCAGUGUCAACCCUCCAGAGGUGUGGUACAGACUGUCCAUCUCAGAGGAAGUCAUUGAUCGGGGCUGCCUGUCGGCUCUGCAGCUGGAGGCCAUAACGUAUGCGGCUCAGCAACAUGAGACAUUCCUCCCCAGCGGUGAUCGAGCUGCUUAUUUAAUCGGGGACGGAGCUGGUGUGGGGAAAGGCCGGACCAUUGCAGGGAUCAUCUUCGAGAAUUACCUUUUAGGCAGGAAGAGAUCUCUCUGGUUUAGUGUCUCAAACGACUUGAAGUACGACGCUGAAAGAGAUUUAAGGGACAUCACGGCCAAAAACAUAUCUGUUCACUCACUGAACAAGUUCAAAUAUGGAAAGAUCUCUUCAAAACACAAUGGUAGUGUGAAGAAAGGUGUGAUAUUCGCCACCUACUCUUCGUUGAUAGGAGAGAGCCAAUCAGGAGGGAAGUACAAGACCCGAUUCCAGCAGCUUCUCCACUGGUGUGGGGAGGACUUUGACGGAGUUAUCGUGUAUGACGAGUGUCACAAAGCCAAAAACGUGUGUCCAAUCGGAUCGUCCAAACCUACAAAAACUGGACUUGCCGUGCUGGAACUGCAGAACAAACUCCCCAAGGCUCGGGUUGUGUAUGCAAGUGCUACAGGUGCCUCUGAACCCCGAAAUAUGGCCUACAUGAAUCGUCUGGGCAUCUGGGGCCAUAAAACCCCCUUCAGAGAGUUUGGCAACUUUAUCCAAGCUGUUGAGCGCAGAGGUGUUGGUGCCAUGGAGAUAGUAGCCAUGGACAUGAAACUGAGGGGGAUGUACAUUGCCCGGCAGUUGAGUUUUACAGGUGUGACUUUUAAGAUUGAGGAGGUUCCCCUGACUCCGCAAUACAUCAAAAUGUACAACAAAUCUGUGAGGCUGUGGGUGAGUGCACGGGAGAAGUUCCAGCAGGCGGCGAACCUGAUGGACGCAGAGCAGCGCAUGAAGAAGUCCAUGUGGGGCCAGUUCUGGUCCGCUCACCAGCGGUUCUUCAAGUACCUCUGCAUCGCCUCCAAAGUCCGCCGAGUGGUGCAGCUGGCCAGAGAGGAGGUCCAAAAUGGAAAGUGUGUGGUCAUCGGUCUUCAGUCCACUGGAGAAGCAAGAACGCUGGAGGCCUUGGAGGAAGGAGGAGGAGAGCUCAACGACUUUGUGUCAACUGCAAAAGGUGUGCUGCAGUCCCUGAUUGAGAAGCACUUUCCAGCUCCUGACAGACAGAAGCUUUACAGCCUGCUCGGCAUCGACCUCUCGGCUAAGAAGACCCCGUCUCCCACUGAAACAGCAGCACAGCCGGAACAGAAGGGCAAGAAAAGGAAAGGUUCAGAGUUAAAAAAGCAGAAGAAGAAGCCUCGCAAGCACGGCGGUUUGUCGGGUACCAGCUCGGAGGAGAGCCAGUUGGAGGACUCGGACCGAGAGUCCGGUAAAGACAGCGACGACAGCGUCAAGUCUCUCAGCUCGGGGGACGAAGACGACGACUUCAACCCGUUCAGAGACGAGUCGGACGACGACGAGGAAGACGAUCCAUGGCUCUUUAGAAAGGAACCAAAGAAAAGGAAAGAGAAGAAGAAGAAAAAGAGAAGUAGUAUUGAUCCAGACUCCAUUCAAAGUGCCUUGUUAGCCUCCGGGCUGGGCUCCACCAGGCCUGCUUUCACUGCCACCGUUAUCCCCCCCAGCACCCCCGCUAUAGUCAAGGCAGAGAGUCGGGAUAGCUGCCUCACGAGUCAGGACGCAGUGGAACAUGCUCAGAAGAUGAAGAAAGAUCUCCUGGAACAGCUCGAGGAUCUAGCUGGGGAUCUACCUCCCAACACCCUGGACGAGCUGAUCGACGAGCUGGGAGGACCCGAAAACGUAGCUGAGAUGACCGGUCGUAAAGGUCGUGUGGUCAGCAACGACGACGGCAGCAUCACGUACGAGUCUCGCUCUGAGCUGGAUGUCCCGGUGGAAAUCCUCAACCUCACAGAGAAGCAGAGGUUCAUGGAUGGAGAGAAGAACAUAGCGAUCAUCUCUGAAGCUGCCAGCUCAGGUAUUUCCCUGCAGGCCGAUCGUCGGGUGAAGAACCAGCGGCGGAGAGUCCACAUGACGCUGGAGCUCCCUUGGAGCGCCGACAGAGCGAUACAGCAGUUCGGGAGAACUCACAGGUCGAACCAGGUCACAGCUCCUGAAUACGUCUUCCUCAUAUCGGAGCUCGCAGGAGAGCAGAGGUUUGCCUCCAUCGUUGCCAAAAGACUAGAAAGCCUGGGAGCGCUCACACACGGAGACAGAAGAGCAACAGAAACUCGAGACCUCAGCAGGUUUAAUUUUGACAACAAAUACGGCAGGAAUGCUCUGGAAAUUGUGAUGAAGUCGAUCGUGAAGCUCGACUGUCCGCUGGUGUCUCCUCCCGCUCACUUUAAAGGAGACUUCUUCAAAGAGAUUCAAAGUGGAUUAAUCGGUGUUGGCCUCAUAAACGUGGAGGACAGAUCGGGCACAAUGUCACUGGACAAAGACUACAACAACAUGGGGAAGUUCCUGAACCGUAUUUUGGGCAUGGAGGUGCAGCAGCAGAAUGCCUUGUUCCAGUACUUCUCCGACACGUUGGCAGCCGUCAUUCAGGAGGCCAAGAAAAGCGGCAGAUAUGACAUGGGCAUUCUGGAUCUGGGCUCCGGUGACGAGAAGGUGAAGAAGGUAGACUGCAGGAAAUUUCUAACGCCGGGCUACACCACAGCAGGACACGUGGAACUCCACACCGUGAGCGUGGAGAGAGGGAUGUCGUGGGAGGAAGCCACGCAUGCUUGGGCCGAUCAGAACGGAGCAGAUGAUGGUUUCUAUGUUCAGAUGAGGAACAACAAGAAGACGGCCAUACUGGUCAAAGAGGUGAACACUAAGAAGAGACUCUUCCUGGUUUACAGGCCGAACACCGGCAGACAGGUCAAACUGGAGAUGUACGCGGACAUCAAGAAGAAGUUCAAAAAGGUUUUGUCCGAUGAUGCCAAGCAGCACUGGAUUGAUCAGUACAUGUCGUCAGCAAAGAUCUGCUCUCAUGCUUAUUGGCGAGGGAACUGUAAGAAGGCGUCUGUGGGUCUGCAGUGUGAAGUGGGUCUGCGCUGUCGGACGUACUACGUUCUGUGCGGCUCGGUGCUCAGCGUGUGGAACGAGCUGGAGGAAGUUCUCACUCCGGUCAGCGGAACCAACGUGAAGGUGCAGAUAGUCCGACUCAGAACAGAAGAUGGACAGAGGAUAGUUGGACUGAUCAUUCCAGCGAACUGCGUGUCUCCGUUGAGUAACAAGCUGUCGACGUCGGACCAGAGCCAGCAGCUCGCCGUGCAGGAGCUUCAAAAGCAGCAGCAGCUCCACCCCCAAAGUCUCUGUCAUGCACCCAACACAUAGCCCGGGGUGGACCGUGUGAAAGCCCGUCUCGAGUUCACGUCCCGGUCUAAAGGGAUCUGGACUCACGAGUCUCUGAAUCACCCCCCUCUCCAUCGUCUCUGAGGGUCCGAGGUGUCACACCGAGCUGUGAGCCGAUUCUCGGACGUGAAGCUUGUACAGAGAGAAAAGAUUUCAGGGUUUUUCUUCUUCCUUUCUUUUUCUUUUUAAAUCUCCAGAGACUCUUGUUUUCACCUGGACAGGUUUUGACGGGUGAUGUUUUGUCCUCUGACAUUCAGAGUGAAAAGAUUUGUGACCUCUUGAUGGAGACGCAGUAGAGACCUCGAGGGCAUGUUGAGGUGUCCCGUGCUUUAAGCUCUUCAGUCCCGGACCACCUGGUAUGAGGCAAAGACUUUUUCCUGGUUCAGACCAAAGGUGGAUGAGACGAAGACCACGCAGUCUUUUUAAAGUCUGAUUCCAAAAUAUACAAAAUGGGCAUUUGAUGCUAAACUACAAACGCAUAUUAAUAUAUAUCAGCUCAUAGCUGCUCAGACGUGAUGCAGAGAGAAUUAGUUUGAAGCAGAAACUUAAUGCAAAGAGCGUUCUGGUUAUCAGUAUCUAAAACGUCAUUGUCAGAGUCCUCUUGCAUCCUUAAUCUCAAAUUGAUCGAUUGGUUUGUUUUUAUUUCACACUUCAUCCCUUUGUUCCUCUCAGUCCGUAUCGUAACAAUCAUUGAAGUCCGUCUUAAAUCAGCAGUCAGGGUCCCGAAACAACAUUUAAAGCAGACUUGUCUUUAUGUAAUCUUUCCUCCUCUUUAUACCGGACAUUAACGGGACAGUUCAGCCCAAAAUAUAAAUACAUAUUUGUCCUCUUACCUGUAGUUUUAUUUACCGAUCUAGAUUGUUCGGGUGUCUUUUAUCUCUGAUGGGACUCGUCGUGUUUAAAGCACCAUUAAACGUGUGCUGCUCCCUUCAUCCCCACUUUAUUAAAACACUACUUCAGUGGUUUGUGUUGCAGGUGGAAACCACCUUUGGUCUAGAAGGAGACGUGUGAUAUUCAGUACAGCAGCCACGGAAUCAUGAGAAAUGUGAAAUCUUUUAUUUUGAAACUUGAUGUUUGUUAAAUGUACUUCUGCUCAGGGGUUUAAACUCGUACAAAGACCCUCUUUGGAAUAAUAAAACUAACAGAAUGUUUCACAAAGUAUCUGAAAACGCAUGAACGGAGCUCCACCUGCUCAGUAACUCUGAGGCGAGCUGCUGUUUACGGCUCCUUUCUUCGCAGUAAAACGUCUCAAAGCGCGUCUCUCUGCUGUCUUGAACCCAGUUGUGAUUAAAACAAACAUGGACGCCUGCUUCUGUCCAGUAGUUUGCCGCCUCCGCUGCCUCCUCGGUCCUGUAUUGCGUUAUGUUAGAUCUGCACAGGGAGGGACGGACCAAAGUCUGGAUGUCCUGAUAGCUGCUUCAUUCUAUAAAGAUGGGACGUGUCGUUGCUGACCUGUGGAUUAGUUCAUGUUAAUAACCGUUCUCUCUUCUGUUCCACAUCGAUUCAUUUAAACAACAAGUGAGAUAGGAAGAAGUCUUUGUGUCAUACCGAUGUGCAUUUUGUACACUUUGUAAACAUGAAAACAAACCUGCUGUGUGACAGACUUUCCCUGAUCGACUCUUUAACUGAGAAGUCUUUUAACUUGAAUGUCCGCCGUAUAGAAACGUUUUAUUUUGUCUUUUUGAGAUGUCAAACACGUCGUCGGCUCCUCCUGAAGCUGAAACACUUGAAGGACUUUUUUGUUUUUUUUUCUCCUUCCAUCUUUGCACGAGUUGCACUACUGACCGAGUUGUACAAAUAUUCACCUGUACAUGAAUGAGUGUGAUGCUCAAUAAAGCUUGGUAUACUUCUA